AUGGCGUCCAUUAAACCUGAUCUCACGCUCAUCUACAAAAAGGUCGACCACCUCGAAAUACCUAUGGAUCUUUACUUGCCGAAGAACACAAUCAAUGCACCAGUACUAUUAUGGUUCCACGGUGGAGGCUUACUCCAAGGAUGCCGGGACAUGAUAGCCCCUCAUAUGAAGAAUGCAGUUCAAACAUACGGUUUUGCAUGCAUAUCUGCAGACUAUCGCCUCGCACCCCAAGUCGAAAUCAGCGAGAUCCUAGAAGACGUUAUAGACUGCGUUAUAUUCAUCCGCACCCGUCUCUCGGAUUGCCUGGGGCAGGGCGUUGUAGAUGCGAGCCGCCUUGCUAUCUCCGGCAGCUCAGCGGGCGGGUACCUCGCGCUCCUCGCUGCUCUGGUCCUUAAGUCCAAACCCCAGGUGGUAGCUCCAAUCUACCCCAUCACUGACCCGCUCGGCACCUUCUUCACCAAGCCCCAGCCUCUGCCAGUUGGCAGUGAUUCUUCGGAAGCAGAUCUGGAUCUGGCUCGCUUGGGCUUCUUUCUUAAUCCGAGGUCGACUGUGGUGGCUAACAGUAGCGAAACAUCACCUCGGCGUCAUAUGUAUGCGUAUAUGCUGAAGACGGCGAGUCUGGCCCGGCUGUGGGGUAUUUUUCCUGGUGAUGAAGGUGCCGUGGCUCAGUGGCGGAUUCCUCGUACAAUUAAAAUGGGCGAUUUCCCACCGACCUACCUCAUACACGGGAUGGACGAUACGGCUGUUGGUGUGGAGCAGACGGAUGAAGUCGCGGGAGCGAUCUUAGGAGAUAGAAACCCGGUGGUUUAUGAGCGACCUAAUGGGGAAGAUCAUGAAUUCGAUCAAAGGGAGCGGUAUGAGAACCCAGAGCUUUAUGAGUUCAUUAUGCGGUAUCUCAAUUAA